UCUCCCUCAUUGUCAAUCAAUGUUGAUUAGAUAUCAUUAUCACUCCUUUAAUAUUUUUAUUAAACUAUAUCGAAAGGAAAAUCCUUUCUUCUUAUCUCUUACUUAUUAAUAGUGUAAUUAAUAAUCUUGCUAAAUUAUAUACCGAUUAGAGCUGAAAUUUUCGCGAGGAACGAAAGCAGAUUCUGCAUUUAAGAAGAAAUUUCCGCCGACAUACGAUUGCUCGUCCGUAUUACGAUUUGUAAAUAAAAUAUCGUCUGACAGGAUGCGCGUACUCAUUGUAAAAACGACCGAGGAUUCGAGCGUCAGUGCGGUUUUACAUGGGUUUUCUGCUCUUCGACUACGCGGCCUUCGAGGAACGAGACGAUCGACGUCAGGAAAAAGGAUCAGGCGUCGCUGAGCGGGGAACUCUGCGAUAAAAAUCGUUGGAAUUGCGAGCCUGUUCGACUGUUCCUUAUCCACCCCCACUCACGGGUGCCAACAGAGAGGCGAGAGCAGAAAUAUAAACACCACCGCAGAUUGUGUCGUGAAAUCGUCGAUUCCGAACGCGGCUGUCGUCUAGGCCCAACUAGAGUGUUGAAAGUGCUCGAUUGGUUUCAAAGUGCUUUUGAAAACAUCGCGAAAAUGUUUCUGGUGCAGUCGGUGAUUCUCAGCGCAUUUCUUAUCGGCCUCGCUGCAUCCGCUAAUUCCGACGUGGAACUGCAGCUGCUCCAUGUGGUAUUUCGCCACGGGGACAAAGUGCCUCAUCGUGAGUACCAAAACUACCCCAACGAUCCGUAUCGCAACCAUUCUUACUACCCAAUGGGAAACGGCGACUUGACCAACCAAGGCAAGAUGCGGGAGUACAAAAUCGGAACGAUGCUGCGCGAAAGAUACGAUCAAUAUUUCGGCCCAGACUAUUGGCCGACCAAGAUCUACGCCCGAUCCACAGAGGUCCCGCGGACCCAGCUGUCUCUUCAGUUAGUCCUGGCGGGAUUAUUCCCGCCCUCCGAGAGGCAAACCUGGAAUCCGCACUUGCCCUGGAUUCCGGCGUGGACGUUCUUCGUGCCGUACGAGGCUGACAACCUCUUGUUUCCGCAUUACUGUCAUCGAUACAAAGAAGAAUACAGGCGAUUUCUUCAGCUAGACAGCACGAGAAAGAUGAUCAAUAAGUACAAGAGCGUAAUGGAUUAUUUAACGGACCACUCAGGUAAACUGAUUGACACUACGGGGGCGGUUAGCCAUAUGUACAAUCUAUUGAAGGAAGAGGCCGCGCAAAACCUGACGCUGCCAAGAUGGACGGAGAACAUUUUCCCGAACCCGAUGCAAGAAAUAAUAGAGUUGGACUUCAAACUUCGAUCAUACACGAAGGCCUUGAAAAGAUUAAAUGGAGGUAUGUUGUUGCGCAAGAUGGUGGACGACAUUCAGGAACACCGAGUGGGAAAAUUGUCAAGCGACAAGAAAGCUUUCCUAUUCGGCAGUCACGAAGUCAAUGUGGCUGCCUUAUCUUACGCUCUGGGAACGAAUGAACCAACGAUACCUGCUUACGGUUCUACGAUCAUUUUGGAAACUCAUCGCGACAAGAAAGGAUCCUAUUACGUUCGGGUCUUACUAUGGACUGGCGUUACCGAACAACUGAACAUCCAAACGAUCCCCGGCUGUGCGGAGUUAUGUCCUUUUGAAGAGUUUCUUAAGAUUGUAAAGGACGUUCUGCCAAACGACGACGAGUAUUACUGUCGGAAGGAUAAGACAACGGAUGAGCUCAAGCCGAACGCGCAUCAUCGAUCAUCGGCCGCGAGUGUCGCCGACGAUAGGAUCUGGCGGCACAUCUUCCUCGUCGUUCUGCUCGCGUUCACGUCGAAAUUCGUGCAGAAGUGAUAAACAUAUAAACGGAAAUCCUCGUCGUAUACUAAGGAGUAUACACGUGUACGUUCCAGGUAUUUAUUUAUUUCGGUACUUUCGCGCGAUUAAGCAAAGUAAAGGAGCGGCGACGUGAUCCUUAACCGGGGGAAAUAGUUGCGAAAAUAAUCAGCGGCUUUCGCACUGGCCAGUAUCCCCGUAUCGGAAAUACCUUAGCGAACUAUGAGAGUACCCGAAUAAAGCCCAGCGCGAGGUUGCGGCUAUGCAUUUCACUGCGUACGUUGCGGUUAUCGCGCUGAUGCAUUUUACCGCAUACGUUGUUAUACCGUCGCGUUGUAUACGAACUCUGUACAUAUGUAAAUAGAUGUAGGUAUACCGAUCUUAUUUCGUAGUCGAUAUCGCGCGCAGCCAUAUACAUUUCAACGCGAAUCCCUCAUUCGUGAACACAUGAUACCACAAACACAAGAGCGAGCAAGCCGGUGUUGCACUUAGUCGAUCGUUCGUAGAUGUGCGUAAUUAAACAUUGUAGACAGAGGUCACCCGAGAUAUCCACUGACAUUUUUCACUGCCGUACGAGCAUCUAGGAACCAUCAUUCGGUCGCGUUAAUAUUAGCAUUCAUUUUGAGCAGAACACCAUAUUUAUGGACAUACACUGAGAUCAAUAAAGAUCAAGUAAUAAUACAUUGAUGGAGUCUUCCGAAAUACACGUUCCCUGUCCGCCCAGUGCAUCAUUGCAGAUAUACAAGGUAGACACGGUUUACCAUACGCAACCUAACUACGCGACAAAAAGUAGGUUGCGUAUUAAAUGUGCAAUUAAAUUGUUAAAGGACCGCUGAUGGAAUAGUGCAGUGAGCAGAAGCUGUAUAAAGUAUAUAAGCGGCAGUUUGACAAGUAUUUUAAUGUCACAGGUACACCGUGAUCGGAUUAAGCUCUCCAUUUGGCGAAUGUGAAAUUGGAGCAAAUUCGAAUCCGAAAUGAACGGACUGAUUCUCCUAUUUUCGCCGAGGUGAAGAGUUCAAGAACCUGAACGCGGUUGCACAGUUAGCCCCGACGUUUCGCGUAGAUGUGCGAGGUAGAAAUAGACAUCGCGAUUUCGAUCGACGUAUCCGAUUUAGAGCGCCGUUAAAAUUGCAAAAGAGGAGACGGGAAUUUAUUCCUACGUGACAUUUAAUAUUUACGGCGUACUAAAUCGCGAUGGAAAAAGCCUGAGAAGCACCGUUGCCGCCGUCGCCGCCGCUGCGUGAUUCUCGCGCGAUCCUUCGCCGCCGCGUUUUCCGCUCGGCGUGGAAUCAAGUAUCUCGGCGCAGAUACGGAGGGGUCCCUGCACUUUCGUUACGGUGAUUCACCUUGCGUGGCGAAACCGCGAAUGCGUGUGUGCAUCUGAUGCACUCGUUACGGAGCAUGUUUCGUAUCAAGUGCGUUAUUUACAUAACGACGGUUCUUGACAGCGUGUUGCACAAGGUAUCAUCGGACAAAUAACACGCUUGUCUUAUACUCUCCUGCUAUCUAAGAAAAUGAAUAUGUCCGACAGCCGCGGAUUAAAACGGUAUAAAAAAUUAACGCGACGAUCCCCAUCUUCCGUUUUCUUCUUUCCUAUUUCCUUUUGCGGCGAUUCGCUAUUCGCGCCAACAUAAAACGUGUCAACGGCAGCGACACAAACUCUGUGUUAAAUUAUUUUGGAGGGAAUGUAUCUCUUCUCUUUCUCUCUCUCUCUCUCUUUCUCUUUCUCAGCGACUCUGUGACUUUCUACUUCCUGAUCGUGUGUUUGAUCGGAUUUCAAUUUGAAUUCACGCUGACUCAUCCCCCUAAGAAGAAAACAGAGCGCCGGAGCGUUCUGAAUCAAGGAAAACAUUUUCAGCACGAUCACGAUAUUUGCGAGGCAAAAGUGCCGCUGGCACAGUCCGGUGUACUCUGUACGAUUCGAUAAGUGCUGCAUAUAACCGCUGCACUAAUUUACACGAAAUUGUGUGCACACAUAAGUUGCGUAUACGUAUGCGUGUGUAUGUGCGCGCAAGUAUGCCGCUCAAUUUGAAUAAUUAACAGCGUUGAAUUAUUAAAGCUCGAGAUCUGGAAGGCUCGUUAGCGUGAUCGGAAACGCCAGCUCGCUACUUGUAUUUACUUAACCCAAAGUACUUCCGACAUCUAAUACGAGCGUUUGAUU